AUGCAUAAAAAGAGCGAGAAGAAGAUGGUUUUGGAUACAAAGUAAGUUUUUUUUAUUUUUUGUUGUGUUUUUAGGAUUUAUGAAGGAAGAAGAGAAAUAGGCAAUGUUACACUUGAUUUGAACCUGGAAUUUGAUGUUAUAUUUAGUGAGAUUGAUGUUAUUUGAAGCAAUAAGGUUUAUUUUAAGUUUACGAAAAGUUUUUUUUUAAGUUUGUUAGAUAUUUUUUGAAAUUUGUUCUAUUUGUUAUAUUAUACUAAAGAAUUUGUUGUUUCUAAUGUAAUUAUGAUGUUAUUCUUAUUGAAAUUGAAGGUAAUAAAAGCAGAUUAGUUUGUUUUAAUUUUACAAAGAAUCAUUUAGUGAUACUGUUUUAUAUUUUUUGAGUUUUCAUCAAUUUACUAUGUUACACUAGGUGUCAAGGGACUUCAAAUGCUCUUUUUUAUAAUGCGGCUAGAAUUGUUGAUACGGAAGGUUGAUUUUUACCUUUAUAGUCAGUAUAUUGAUAUAUUUACGUGGAUAAUUAGUUUUAGGCAUUUAUGUUUGUUAGUUUUUGAGAUAUGGCUAGUUUUGUAUAUUACACUUGAUCUCUGAUGUUGUUUUUGUCUUUUAAUCUUUGACUGGAGUUUAAGAUUAGCUAAAUAUAAGUAUUAUGGACUAGAAUGAAGUUUAAUAGUGUUAUAAUUUGAUUUUAGACUUAUAUUUUUGGUUUUCGACGUUAUUUUAUGUUACACUUGACAUAAAACUAACAAUUUUGAUUUCAGAGCUCCGAUUCAUCGAAAUAUGCUAAUUUCCAUCGCAAGUUCAACUUCUUUUGAGCCUUGUUUAAAUUCAUUGGAUUUGCAUUGGGACCUACCAUUUAUUCGAGUUUCCUUCGCUUCAACCAGUCGUGUUGUGAGUGUUGCUUCGCGUGAAACAGCGGCAACAUUUUCCGGGAAUCAGGAACGUCAUCUGCUACUCUUGUCACCGUGA